AUGCUAUUCUCUCAGCAGCCCCUUCACCUCGCGCGUGCCAAUGAGCUGCGACAAGAACCCCCCAAAGGCACUCCUUACUCCGUGGCCCUGCCAGGAACAGAACAACCGGGGCGAAGUAAGGUCUACCGGGCAUGGAACUCAACGGAAGGUAUCCUGAAGUCUUUGGACCCGCAGGUCCUCACGGCGCAUGACAUUUUCGAGUCCACCGCAAAUAGAUUGCCGAAAAACCACUGUCUGGGAUGGCGCCCGUACAAUCGUACAACAAAGACGUACGGCCCUUACCAAUGGAUGGAUUACCAGACAGUCCAAAAACGACGGACUGACUUUGGUGCCGGUAUAGUGGAGCUGCAUCACAGACACGGGUGCAGUAGUCCCGGUCAGUACGGUGUUGGACUUUGGUGUCAAAAUCGCCCGGAGUGGCAAUUGACUGAUUUGGCAUGCAUGUCCCAAAGCCUGUAUUCGGUUUCCAUUUAUGAUGUCCUCGCCCCAGAUGCGACUGAAUAUAUCAUUAAUCACGCACAUCUGCACUGUGUUGUGACUUCGUUGCCACAUAUUCCCACGCUGCUCAAGCUGAAGCCCCAAUUGCCUAACCUCAAGAUCAUUAUCAGCUUGGAUCCUUUGGAUGCUGGCGAAGAAAACGGUUACUCUAAGCACGCCCUCCUCGAGUCGGUAGCAGCCGGAAAAGAUGUGUCUAUCUACUCGAUCGACCAAGUGGAAGAACUAGGCAUUUCAUCGCAACGUCCUUGCAACCCACCCUCUCCCCCUGAUAUCAUCACUGUCAACUAUACGUCUGGUACCACUGGCGCUCCGAAGGGCGUGGUUUUGACACACGAGAACGCUGUAGCAGCAUCGUCAGGUGCCCUCAUGAUCUUCACACAAACAGCGGGUGAUACUCUGGCCUCUUACCUUCCGUUAGCCCAUAUCUAUGCUCGUAUGGCUGAGCAUGCAGCCUUUUGGGCAGGGGCCCGUAUCGGAUACUUCCAUGGAAACAUCCUGGAGCUCGUUGAUGACCUAAAGCUGCUCAAGCCAACCGGUUUCAUGUCCGUUCCUCGCCUUUACACUCGAUUCGGGAACGCCAUUCGCUCCUCCACUGUUGAGCAGCCUGGGUUCAAAGGUGCAUUGUCAAGACAUGUUGUCUCCACCAAGACCGCGAAUCUGCGGAACCCCGACCCUAGCAAGGCCACUAUAAAGCAUGCCCUGUAUGAUCGUAUCUGGGCCAAGAAGGUUGCCGCCGCUAUUGGCCUGGAUCGUGCGAGAAUGAUGGUCUCUGGCUCCGCGCCUUUGGACCCGUCACUUCACCAGUUCCUCCGGGUUACUCUUGGCGUCGAUCUCAUUCAGGGUUAUGGUUUGACUGAGACGUACGCCAUGGCGUGUGCGCAGCCCCUUACGGACUUGACUGCUGGCAAUUGUGGAUCGCUAGCUCCUUGCACGGAAGCUUGCUUGUUGUCUCUACCAGAUAUGGAAUACUCUGUUGAUGACAAGCCGCACCCUCGGGGCGAGCUCCUUCUCCGUGGCUCAAAUGUUUUUCGCGAGUAUUUCAGGGACCCGGAAGAGACUACCAAGGCGAUGACCGAAGAUGGCUGGUUCCGAACCGGCGAUGUUUGCACCAUCGAUGACAUGGGCCGCAUUAUUAUCAUUGACCGUCGAAAGAACGUCCUCAAGCUAGCACAGGGAGAAUACAUCUCGCCAGAGCGGCUGGAGGGUGUUUACUUAUCAGAGAUGGGCUAUUUGGCUCAGGGUUAUGUCCAUGGCGACAGCAUGCAGACAUUCUUGGUGGCUAUAUUUGGCGUCCAGCCUGAUACGUUUGCCGCAUUUGCCGGCAAGGUGCUCGGCCGAACGGUCGAAGCCACGGAUAUUGAGGGUAUCAAAUCAAUUGUCAACGAUACCCGGAUCCGUCAAGCUGUACUGAAGGAUCUCGAGCGGAUUGCCAGAAAGCACAAGCUUGCUGGGUACGAAAGAGUCAAAAACUGCGCUCUGAUGGUUGAUCCAUUCACGAUUGAGAACAACUUGCUCACCCCCACGUAA